AUGCCAAUUCGAACAAAUGUCAUGGGAAUGCCACCCACGACAUCUGGACCAGCGGGCAUGUCAGACGAAAAGAGCAAUUGGGUGAACGUGGCAUGGAUGCCACAUUCUUGCUUGUCCCAGACUUCCCACCUUUGCUUGUCGGUCCGAUCUGUGUUGACAUUAAUGGAACAGCACUGCGAAAUUGAAGAAUGGCAAGUCCGCGUGACGGUUCACGGGGCGGCUGGGUUGUCUUUAGUUCCCGUGGCAACCACAACGUCUACUGCUCCACGUUUGUUGAUCAAAGACUUUUGGCAAUCCCAUGAAAAUGGAAUGUUUGACAAGGAUGCCGAGUGGCUACCAUUAGUGUCCUCUGCUUCUCAUAUUUGCAAAUUUGAUUCCGUCAUUCAUAUUCCCAUUCGAUGGCGGGAUCUUCCGCGGGAUGCCUAUUUGUUGUUUGAAGUUUUGGGGUAUUGCGACAAAGUGCUCUAUCAAUCCAUUAUGCCCAUGUUUGACGCAUACGGCAAGAUGCAGUCGGGUCUUACUAAGCUAGAUCUCACACCACCAUCCCACGGAAUGGAUAGAUUCAAUGAAGGAUUGCUGCCGCCCCCACAAAAAGGAGACAAUACAGAAUGGCAAAUAGAUGACCCAGUCUGGAAGGCAUCCAAGAUUUUGGAUCAACUAGAACGAAUGGAAAAGAGUAAAGCUGAUGCGACGACGAAUCGAGGAGGAUUUAAGACCUUUGGGGAGAUUCAAAGCGUCCCAUGGCUGGACAAAAUGACCAAAGAUUAUUGUGAACAAACGCUGAGUGAAGCAAGGGCCGAAAAUGAGUAUCGACCAGUGUAUGACACAGAUACGGUAUCUGCACAUUUGAUUGUAGAGCUACCAACAUAUGACGUUCCAGUGAUGCACGAAGAGACAUUUUACCCUGUCGCGCAGCACGGCCCAUCGGGAACUGUCACACCUCUUGACUUGGCUCUUUACCAACAACGAAAAGUUCCUGCUGGAAAGCCAUCACAAUUCCAUCCACUUCGAGCGGUUCCGUUUCUAGAUUAUGAAAAUGAAAAUGACAACCCGGUGGAAGACAAGUACCGUGCACUAGCACACGACUUGUUGCGGGGGUUGGUGGAUCCUGCACUCAAGCCAGAUCGGGUUCAACGAGAUCAAUUGGCUGCAAUUAUAGCCUCUCCAUCACAUCAGCCAACGCGAGAAGAAAAGGAUUUGCUAUGGAGAUUCCGAUUCAGUCUCGUGGACAAUCGUCGCGCUUUGGCCAAAUUCUUGUUGGCUGUGGAAUGGACGGUUGAAAGCGAAGUUGUUCAAGCCGCUGAAUUGCUGGAGCAAUGGAGAAAGAGAAGUCCGAUUAUGGUUACUGAUGCAUUGAAAUUGCUCGGCAAACAAGUCGCCUAUCAAACCAACCUUGUGCGGGCAUAUGCCAUUGACACACUCGCUGCAGCACCCGAUGAAGAACUUAGUCUCUAUCUGUUGCAGUUGGUCCAAGCUUUGAAAUUUGAAAAUAUACAAGAGACGGGAUCGAACACUAUGACGCAAGAGUCGGAAGCGUCAUUGGCAAAUUUCCUCAUUCUCCGAGCGGCGAAGAACAUACAGCUAGCUACCUAUCUCUAUUGGUAUCUCAAGGUCGAACUGCAAGAUCCAACACAUGGCGCCAGAUACACCGAGGUUUUUUCACAGUUGGAAUUGGUCCUCGCGCAAACACCAUUCACAAGAUCAAAGAAACGUGAACAGAAAUCAUUGCUGGAUGCCAGUACUCCAAUGAAGAAAGUUGAAAAAGCAGCUGAGGAAAUGGUAGCUGUUCCGUUUAAGAACAUUGUUGAUUCCGUUUCCAAAAAGGUUGACAAAGUAUCCAAAAAGAUUGGGUCGUCAUUGAAAUUGACUGACUUGGAAUCACAGGCCAUAGACGGGUCACUGAAUAAGAAGGGCGCAAAAAGCGUUUGGGAUGUACUUAAAGCCCAAGAUGUCUUUAUUUCUGGUGUCAUGGAUGCGCAAUUAUCUUGUGGUAGUAAGGGAAAGAAAGAUGCAAAAGAAGCUCAUAUUCGGUCAGUUCUAUCCAAAGAGGGUUACGACAAGAACCACACUCGGGAUUCCUUCCCACUACCCUGUGCUCCAGAGGUUCAAGUACAUGGAUUGAAUUCGCAAACAGCAAAGAUAUUCAAAUCUGCCGUGUACCCAGCCCUGAUCGAGUUUCACAUCGAGUCGAUCGCUGCCAAGGGAGACUUUGGAAUGGAGUCAUCACAAAAGGACACUUCAAGAAGCAAAUAUGCCGGACAGAACCCACUCGCACAUCAAUCAAUAUACAAGGUCAUUGUAAAGACUGGAGACGAUCUUCGUCAAGAUCAGCUCGCAAUGAUGAUGAUCAAACUGAUGGAUGGACUCUUGAAACGCGCAUCUCUCGACCUUUGUCUAACCCCAUACUCCAUUAUUGCAACUUCUCCAACAUCAGGAUUGGUGGAAUUCGUUGGUGGUUCAAUGCCCGUCUCUGCGGUUCUUGCAAACCAUAACAACUCAGUUAUGCAGUACUUUCAAGCUGUAGCACCUCAGAAAGGAGCAAAGUACGACAUUCGUCCGGACGUGCUGUCUUCGUAUAUUCGAAGUUGCGCAGGGUACUGUGUCUUGACUUACAUUCUGGGAGUUGGUGAUCGCCAUCUUGAUAACAUUCUGAUAUGCAAGACAGGACACUUCUUCCAUAUUGAUUUCGGAUUCAUGUUUGGCCGAGACCCCAAACCGUUGCCACCAGCGUUCAGACUCACAAGAGAAAUGGUGGAAGGGAUGGGAGGACUUGAGUCGACAGAAUAUAGACAGUUCUGUUCUCUGGCUUGUCAGGCGUUUAACGCGUUGAGGAAAAACGCUGGAUUGGUUCUCAAUCUUUUGUCGUUGAUGAGCGAUGCAGGAAUUGAGGACUUGUCAAACAAUCCCUCUGCUGAUCCAGAAGGUGUCAUUGCAAAGGUCGAGGAGAGAUUCCGGCUAGAUUUGACAGACGAACAAGCGGAGCGCUUCUUCUUGAAUCUAAUCGGGGAAACUCUGGCUGCGAUUGCACCAAGAGUCAUGGAUGUUUUCCACUCAAUUGCAGUAGCACGUCGAUAA